UAUAUUUUUCAAUCUCUCUCAAUUCUUCCUGUUAUCUGAAAUGGCUCGUACCAAGCAGACUGCUAGAAAAUCGACCGGAGGAAAGGCGCCGAGAAAGCAAUUGGCAACGAAAGCAGCAAGAAAAUCUGCUCCGGCGACCGGAGGAGUUAAGAAGCCACACAGAUUCAGACCUGGAACUGUUGCUCUUAGGGAGAUCCGUAAGUAUCAAAAGAGCACUGAACUUCUCAUCCGCAAGCUUCCUUUUCAGAGACUUGUUCGUGAGAUUGCACAGGAUUUCAAAACUGAUUUGAGAUUUCAGAGCUCUGCUGUUGCUGCUCUUCAGGAAGCUGCUGAAGCUUAUCUUGUAGGGUUGUUUGAGGAUACUAAUCUUUGCGCUAUUCAUGCUAAAAGGGUUACCAUUAUGCCUAAAGAUAUUCAGCUUGCUAGAAGAAUUAGGGGAGAAAGAGCUUGAUGAAGAUGUUGUUUGUUUCUAGCUGUUUUAUUUAGUGUUUCUGUAAUAUUGAUCUUGUUGAAGAAAUAUAAUUAUGUUUUAUGUUCA